AGGCGAGGCGAGGGAACCGUCCGUCCGCCCGCCGUGCCGCUCCGUCCCGGCUUUGUUGUGCUCGCCGCCCGGGCUCCGGGCGAGGGGGCGGGGAAGCUGAGAGAAGGGAAGCGAGGAAGGCAGCCGCGUCUCCUCCUCCGCCUCCUCCUCAGCCCCGGCCCCGCUCAUGGCGACGCUGGGCACAUCCGGGCUUCUCCUCCUCCUCCUCCGGCGGCCGCCGCUGCUGCCCUGAGCGCCCAGCCCGACUCCAUUAGCGCCUCCCCUCCCCCCGUCUCCCUUCCCGGACCCAGAGGCAGGGGGAGCCCCGGGCAAGGCAGCGCCGAGUCCGCGGAGCGGCCGGGGACAUGUCCAACCAAGGGGCCCGGCGGAACGGGCCCGUCAAGCUGCGACUGACAGUACUGUGUGCAAAAAACUUGGUGAAAAAGGAUUUUUUCCGACUUCCUGAUCCAUUUGCUAAGGUUGUGGUGGACGGAUCUGGCCAAUGCCAUUCUACAGAUACUGUGAAGAAUACACUUGACCCAAAAUGGAAUCAGCAUUAUGACCUGUACAUCGGGAAGUCAGACUCCAUAACGAUCAGCGUGUGGAACCACAAGAAGAUCCAUAAAAAGCAGGGAGCUGGAUUUCUGGGCUGUGUGAGGCUUCUUUCCAAUGCAAUCAACCGCCUUAAAGACACUGGUUAUCAGAGAUUGGAUCUGUGCAAGCUUGGGCCAAAUGACAAUGAUACUGUUAGAGGACAGAUAGUGGUAAGUCUUCAGUCCAGAGACCGAAUAGGCACAGGAGGACAAGUUGUGGACUGCAGUCGGUUGUUUGAUAAUGAUUUACCAGAUGGGUGGGAGGAGCGGAGGACUGCUUCUGGAAGGAUCCAGUAUUUAAAUCACAUCACACGAACAACUCAGUGGGAGCGACCGACACGGCCAGCAUCCGAAUACUCCAGCCCUGGCAGACCUCUGAGCUGCUUUGUGGACGAGAACACUCCCAUCACAGGGACGAACGGAGCGACCUGCGGGCAGUCCUCAGACCCCCGCCUGGCCGAGAGGAGAGUCAGGUCACAGAGGCACAGAAACUACAUGAGCAGGACACACUUACACACUCCUCCUGAUUUACCUGAAGGAUAUGAGCAAAGGACGACUCAGCAAGGACAGGUCUAUUUUCUGCACACUCAGACUGGUGUUAGCACGUGGCACGAUCCAAGAGUACCUAGGGAUCUUAGCAACAUCAAUUGUGAAGAGCUUGGUCCACUGCCUCCUGGAUGGGAGAUCCGAAAUACAGCAACAGGCAGAGUUUAUUUUGUCGACCAUAACAACAGGACAACGCAGUUUACAGACCCGCGGCUAUCUGCGAACUUGCAUUUAGUCCUAAACCGACAGAAUCAGCUGAAAGAUCAGCAGCACCAGCAGCAGCAGCAGGUAGUGUCCCUGUGCCAGCUCCCGGACGAGGCAGAGUGUCUGACUGUGCCGAGGUACAAGCGAGACCUCGUGCAGAAGCUCAAGAUCCUGAGGCAAGAGCUGUCACAGCAGCAACCUCAAGCUGGCCAUUGUCGCAUUGAGGUCUCCAGGGAAGAGAUUUUUGAGGAAUCCUACAGGCAAGUCAUGAAGAUGAGGCCCAAAGACCUGUGGAAACGAUUGAUGAUAAAAUUCCGAGGGGAGGAGGGCCUGGAUUACGGAGGUGUUGCCAGGGAGUGGCUCUACCUGUUGUCACACGAGAUGCUGAAUCCAUAUUAUGGCCUCUUCCAGUAUUCCCGAGAUGAUAUCUACACGCUGCAAAUCAACCCAGACUCUGCGGUCAACCCGGAACACUUAUCCUACUUCCAUUUCGUUGGGCGGAUAAUGGGCAUGGCUGUGUUCCACGGACACUACAUCGAUGGGGGCUUCACCUUGCCUUUCUAUAAGCAGUUGCUGGGGAAGCCAAUUACUUUGGACGACAUGGAAUUGGUUGACCCUGAUCUUCACAACAGCUUGGUCUGGAUACUUGAGAAUGAUAUCACAGGAGUUUUGGACCACACAUUCUGUGUGGAGCACAAUGCAUACGGGGAGAUAAUUCAACAUGAGCUGAAACCCAAUGGCAAAAGCAUCCCUGUGACGGAGGAAAACAAGAAGGAGUAUGUCAGGCUUUACGUGAACUGGCGGUUUUUACGAGGCAUCGAAGCGCAGUUUCUGGCUCUCCAGAAGGGAUUUAAUGAAGUAAUCCCACAACAUCUGCUGAAGACAUUUGAUGAGAAGGAGUUAGAGCUCAUCAUUUGUGGACUGGGAAAAAUUGAUGUUAAUGACUGGAAAGCAAAUACUAGGUUAAAACACUGUACCCCAGACAGCAACAUCGUGAAAUGGUUUUGGAAGGCUGUGGAGUUGUUUGAUGAGGAGAGGAGAGCUCGCCUGCUCCAGUUCGUGACAGGCUCCUCCAGGGUGCCUCUGCAGGGCUUCAAAGCCUUACAAGGUGCUGCAGGCCCACGACUGUUCACAAUACACCAGAUUGAUGCCAGCACUAAUAACUUGCCGAAAGCCCAUACCUGCUUUAACCGCAUCGACAUUCCCCCCUACGAGAGCUACGAGAAGCUGUACGAGAAGCUGCUAACAGCCAUCGAGGAGACCUGUGGCUUUGCUGUGGAAUGACCUCUGCGGCCUCACCCCGGACUCUAUUUAUACUCCUGUCAGCCAGAAAGCCCUGCCCUCAGCCGAGACUCAAGAGAUGCUUGAAAUACAGGAAACUUUCCCUUUUCUACACGCGGACACUGGGAGGGAAAGGACAAGUUUGGAAUUUUUUAAUUAUUAUUAUUAUAUAUUUUUUUUUAAUUUCAAGAAAAAAAUGGGUUCUGUGGUUCCUGCCAUGGGAUCAUUCAGCUGCUAUUAAAAACUAAUAUCUUGAACACACAGAAUGCUGACUUUUCCUACAUUUCAACAGUUAAGCAGUGUUCUCUACUUUAAAGACUACUACUAUUUUUAUACAAGGUUUAUCUAUUACUAUUUGCCUACCUGGUUUCUAUUCUCAGAUACCAAGACCACAACUUCAGCAGUCGGUACAGCUCACGUUUCAGCCUCUUUUCGAUGUGUGAUACUGAACAGCAUCUAGACCUGCUAUUUUUGGAGAAAAAAGGAGAGAGAGGGGAAAAAAAAAGGAAAAAAAAUAUUUUGAAUAUUUUAACUUUGCAUAAAAUUGGCUGAAAGAGUUCAUUAACCUUUUUAAUCACUUCCAUCUUAACUGCAUUUUCUUACAACAAACCCUUUUACUCUGCAAUGUAAAUUUAACCUUCCCACAGGGGGGCUUUUUUUUUUAAUAUAUCUUUCUUUUUCCAAGCAUGAAUUUACAAAUAUUGAUGUUUUUGGGGUCCUAUUUAUAUCACUUGUCAGAUUUCCUUUGACAGAAUUUGUAGCCUGAGUGGCGCAGUGCUGUGUUUGGAGCAGUCCUUGUGUUAAGAGUGGGACAGACCUUUCUUAAUCAUCAGCAGAUGUUUGGAUUUCCCUUUGGGUUUGGGGGGUUUUUGUUUUGGUUUGGGUUUUUUAAACAGCAACUUUCUAACCUGUCAGAAUGAUGAUGUUGAUUUUGACUUUGAACACUGCAUUUUUCCACUUUCUCUAAAGCUGGUGAGGUGAUACUUGACAGCAGAAGCCUGUCAGCAGUUCUUUUCAGAACCCAUCCUGUCCAGUCAACCAAAGCUUGUUUGAAUGCAGCCAAAUCGUGUUCUGUAUUCAUCUGUGCUAAAGGCUUGUCAGGUAAAACAUGUUGUAGUCUUCUGUCUAGCUGCUCAUGAGGUGGGUUUUAAGUUACAGCUAAGGAGCAAUGGGUGUGUGAACGGAAAUGUGUGUCAUGUGCUUUGAAAAUGAGGGUUUAGAAGCGCAUAAUUUAUUGAUUGUAGGGAUGGAAGUAAGUAUAUAUAUGAAUUAUAGCAUGGGUUGAGCUCUUCGAGGGGGAGUAAAAUGCACUACCUGUAGAGGGAAUUGAACUCUGAAGUUAGCCUGGAAAUUCUCAGUGAAGAUCUGCGUGCUCUGCUUGUGGUGUCCAGAUGAAUCAGUCUGCUUAGGAGGUGGUGGCGUUCUCCUCUCAGCACUGACAAGAUUUGCAAUAAGCCUCCUUUUUUUUUGUUUUCCCCAAUCAGUGCUGUUGUUUUUUUUAACUUAGGUUACAAUUAAUCACCAAAAUGCACUAUUUUUACACUGCCAAGGAGAAGAAAGUCAAAGGCAUUGAAAAUGCUCAAAGAAUGAGAUGUGAGCAGCUGUUCCAUGUCUGCAGUGUAAGUCACAGUGAAGUGGCUAAUUCUGUUCUGUGGAGCUCGGCUUAGUUUUGUUCUGCCAAAUCUGACUGCCACAGUGAGUAAACUACUGCUGGAUGUUGUGUGUAGAGUAGUGGGCGAUGGACUGCUUCUGUAGAAUUGUGGUAAGAACCUGGUGAGCCAAAUCCACCUUCUGAUUAUUUGUUUUGUACAGCUGUUGCUGGAAGGUUUGUUCUAAGGGACUUACUUCCCAGGCUGGGCUGGCUGGGAGAUGAGGCUGCCGAGGGAGGUAACCAGAAAGCCAAGAAACUUGCUCUGCCAGCCAGGUUUGCAGUAGUGCAUCAGCCCCUUCUUCCUUCAGGGGCCAUGACUCAUGUCAGCAGCUAGUACCUUUGUGUCUGCAUCUGGGAUCCCCUGGGAUUCCUGUUGCCAGAGGAGCUGCCACUGCAUCUGGCUGAGCAAAAUAAGUAUCUCUUAGUACUGCUGCCUGUAGUUGGGACCACUGCUUCCAACACUGCCAAAGACCUCUGCUCCUCACAAAACUGCAAGUUUUGAGGUAUGGUGUGAGCUCCUUUGCAGAGCCUAGUUCUGACCACUCCUCACAGGACAGGUGCUCCAGGGUUGGUUUUUCCUCCUGCUCAGGCUAUGACUGCAGCCUGCCUGGUCAUGAGAAAUGUAAAAUCCAGUUUGGUCCAACUUUAUGGUAAGUCAGGGCCUUGUCAGGUGGUGGAAGGGGUGGAAGGUGCUGUUACCUUGGCACCAGCCAGCUCAACUGUUAGAAGACUGCCUCUGUAGUGUGUCUCCCGACCACAUCAUCUUUACCCACCUCCCAGCAACCUUCUCCUUCCCAGCCUGCUGAGGCUGGUAAGGUUUUUGAACCUUAGGCCACCCUUAGGCCAUAAAAGCUUUUUUGGGGAGGGAGGAGAUAAGCUCUGCAGAACAGAGACUCUAGAGAAGCUACAAAGUACCAUUCCUUUCCACAGCAGCCUUAGCAGUACAUUUUUUCUUCUACCAAACGUUUUGGUAAGGCAUAGAGCUUUUGUUUUAACUGCCACAGAUGAGUAGAAAUUUCAUCUAGGCAAAACCAGACUAAUCUGCGUUUGACUUGCCAUAGCUGAUAGAUGAGGAUGAGGAUACCAAGUGUUUCCAGUGCCUUUCUACCUUCAUAAUGACUGAGAGCUUUAACUAAAGCACCUCAUCACAGAGUCAGAUGUUUAUCUGAAGGUGUUCAAGGGUUGAUUUCCUUUGCAAAAUGUUGUUUGAAGAUCAUGUCAGCUACUUUUCCCUCAAAAAAAGGUGCUAAGCCUAAUAUUGCAUUUUAACCUUGGACUUUCACCCCAUGAUUAAUGUGAAUAUUUAUUUCAGCGUGUCCCUCUUACUGGGUUCUUCCUUUCAUCCAGUCUUCAGUUGUUUUAGAGAGAUGUCACAUCAUGGUUUUAUGCUGUUGCUUUACAUGAUGAAUGUUUAAUUAGGAACAGUGACUUUUGUAGAUUUCAAAUAUACGCAGUUGAGUUCCAGAGGAUUUAAUUUCUUGGUGUAAAGAGUUUUGUAAUGGUGCUUUGUACAGUAUGUAUUCUAUUUUUUUUUCUUUGCACAUAGUUUCAGUUUCCCUAAACUGAUUUAUUUGUACCAAAAAAUUUUUUUUGGUGUUGUACUAAAGUCCAGAGCACACAAAACCAUUCUGAAAUUCCUCUUCUACAACACUACAUCUGUACCGAACUUCUGGUGCAUUUAAACUGGCUGCAUUGAUGGAAGUAAAAAGCUUUGCUUCUAUAAGCCCCAAGUAUGCAUUGUACAGCUUCAUGUAGCAUGCUCCAAUGGCUUCAGAUUUGAAGCAGCACCAUACAGGUCACAGGUGCCAUUUGUUGUACUUUACACUAUGUAGUAGGUUUCUGGCUCUACCACAUCCUCAGAGCUUCGUCUGUAGUUGUAAUUAGUUUAUACAAGUGUAAUUACUCCUCCACAAACUGACAGUUCUUAGUUUAUCAUUUCCAUUGUAUUUAUUACAGAGUGUUUUAGCAUUGGUAUCAUUGUAUUUUCACCCAGCUGUUACAUGAGCUAAAGCAAAAAAAAACAACAACAAAAACAACCACAAAAAAUCUGUAUAAAAUGGUUUUUAAGUUCUUCAUGUAUGUACCCAUGCAGAAGUUGAGCAAUAAAUUGUAUGCUGUUUGCACUGUCACAGCAGCAAUGGUUUUAAAA